UCAUUAUGUGCAUGGUGUAGGCCUAUUAUCGCUCGGUGGCAACGUUUACUAAUUGAUCUUAGGGCAUCCAUUAAGGUAGUGUGUGUUUGCUUCUCGUUAUGUCGUAUUUACAUAGAGUUCAAUAAAACUUUUUGAUGGAGCGAGCCGUUUCAGACACUGAACAUUGGUAAAAUUCAACUUGUGCUGUAUUAGUGUCGUAACAUCGCAAAUACAAUACCUUGGGCUGAAAAUUCACAGGGAAUGUAAUUCAGAUUCUGUGUUCAACUUACGUACUUGAAUUAUGAAGCGCCCUCGACUAGAUUUCAUUGAGCAAGGCCUCACCAAGUUAUAUGCAAAGUAUGGACGUAUUAUCGCCCGCUGUCCAUUGCCAUUUCUUAUUAUCCCUGUACUUGUUGCAGCCGGGCUAGGAUGCGGUUUAAAAUACCUACAAAGUGUAUCCAGUGUCGAGUACCUUUAUACGCCACUAAACGGUCAGGGUAAAAUAGAUCGUGACAUUGUUGAAUCUUUCUUCACAUCAGAAGAUGUUGACGCUGCGUCCGUUGCGCGACUCUCUCGUACCAUUUUGUACUCUUGGGCAAUUGUUUCAACGAAGGAUCCGGACGGCAAUGCCCUCUCCACUGAUAUUUUUACAGAAAUUCUUAAAUUGGAUGAACAAUUGAAAAAUAUAACCAUCGUAAGCAAUGAUACUGUGUACGGUUGGAAUGAUCUCUGUCUGGCUUAUGAUGGAGAGUGUCUCCCUCUGCUAGUGCUCAAGGCUUUUGGAGAUGAUGUGGACAAUCUUGAUAAUUUGCAGAUAACAUACCCAGUGUACGCAGAUGGCGCGGGAACCCAGUACUUCCUUGGAACUGAUGUUGGCGGCGUCACUUACCAAUCGGGCUCUGAUGUUUUACUUGAGCGUGCGUUUGCGGUGAAGUUAAAUUAUUAUCUUUCAAUUGAUAGGAGUGUUAGACAAGCAACGAAUCUUUGGAGCAGUGCUUUUCUCAAUUUUCUUCUGAACUACGAAUCAGAUUUAAUUGAUGUGCGCGUUUACACGACACGAUCAUUGGACACUGAAUUGAAAAAAGUUAUAGAUCAAAUUUUACCAAUUUUCGCAGUAGGGGGCUCGCUUCUGAUAGCCUAUGCGAUCUUGUCAAGUAACAAACGUGACUGGGUACAGAACAAACCAUGGCUGUGUCUCAGUGGCGUGAUAUCCGCUUUACUUGCAAUAUUGUCGUCAUUCGGCCUUCUUAGCUACUGUCAAGUUGAAUUUACCGAGGUGGUAGCAUGCCUACCAGUUCUUAUUUUGAGUAUUGGUGUCGAUGACAUGUUUAUUAUGUUGGCUGCUUGGAGAAAUACGAACAUUCGCCACUCUGUCGAGGAUAGGAUGUCUAGAGCCUUUAGCGAAGCCGCGUUGUCCAUCACCAUAACGAGCAUCACAGACGGACUUGCUUUCGCUGUAGGUGCCUUCUCCACAUUCCCAUCUGUCCAGAUAUUUUGCAAGUACGCCGCUGCCGCUGUAACCGCGGAUUUUAUCUAUCAGAUUACAUUUUUCGCGGCAGCCAUGGUGUUGUUCGGUCACCGUGAAUCUGCCAAUCGCCACUCUAUGGCAUGUUUCAAAGUCAAGCCCAACGACGAAGCACCGAGUGUUGCCUACAGAGUGAUGUGCGCCGGUGGACCGUCCCAAUCAGAAUCAAAGAGUUCCAGUUUCGCCCCUAGUUCACUAAUGCUAUUUUUUAAAGGCACAUUUGGACCGGUAGUUUUACAUAACGUCUCAAAAUUCAUUAUACUACUUUCUUAUGGAGUAUAUCUGGGAUUUGGUAUCUGGGGUGUAUUAAAUGUAGAUGAGGGUCUGUCCCUCUCAAGCUUAGCGGCUGACGACUCCUAUGUAAACGAUUUCUACGACUAUGAAUACAGAUAUUUGCGUGGGUUCGGUCCGAGUAUAAUGCUGGCCAUUACCGAAACGCUCGACUAUUCUGACAUUUCCGUUCAAGAAGGCAUUGAAAACCUUGUAUCAGACUACGAAGCGCUCAACGUCAUUCACUCUUCAACAUUCACUGAAUCAUGGCUUCGUUUUUACCUGCAAUAUCUGGCAACUGCAAACAUUACUUAUAGUGGUAAUGAGGAAUUUGUCGCCAUAUUACGUCAACAGUUCUUACAGCUCGACGCGUAUGCGCACUACGCGCAAGACAUUGUCUUCGCCGACGAGAAUGCUACGGACAUAAUUGCAUCGCGGUUCAUUUUAAUAUCAAAAGAUAUAAGCAACACGUACAGAGAGCAAGAAUUGUUAGUUCAAACUCGUGAUCUUUUGGACAGUUCACCAUAUGAAACAUUGGUAUAUAAUAGUCUUUAUGUCUUCUUCGAUCAGUAUACUUCCAUUUUACCGGCCACUUUGCAAAAUCUAGGAAUAGCUCUUGCGGCGAUGUUGGUAGUUUCGCUUCUCCUCAUUCCAAGUCUGAGCUGCAGUAUUUGGGUUGUCGCCGCGAUCGCGUCCAUCGAGGUUGGCGUAAUUGGUUACAUGACCUUUUGGGGCGUGCGUCUGGAUUCCAUAUCCAUGAUCGUCAUUAUUCUGUGCAUCGGUUUUAGUGUCGAUUUCUCCGCACAUAUUACCUACUCGUACACAAUAGCACCUGGAAAUACCAAGGAAAAGCGAAUGAAUAACGCGUUGUUUCUACUGGGUAUGCCCAUGCUACAAGGCGCCGUUUCGACAAUCCUGGGCGUGCUUACGUUGGCUUUCUCUUCGUUCUACAUUUUCCGUACAUUGUUUAAGACGCUCUUCUUGGUGAUUGUUUUUGGACUGUAUCACGGUUUAUUUGUCUUGCCGGUUCUGUUAUCACUAUUCGGUCCAACUUCUAAAAGUAGGCCUAUUCGGAAGGGCAUCAGUAAACGUAAGUCUGUGAGGGGUAUGAGUUUUAAUUCUUAUGGCAGCAGACGCGCAUUUCGAAAAAUAAACUCCAAGAGGGACAUUGAAAGGGCAAACCGACAAUCCAAUGGUAAUAAAGUAUAUCCAGCACACGACGUCAAGAACGAAAUGCCAGUUUAUGAAUUGUCUGAAGAAGAAAUACACUCAGAUAGUGAAGCAAAUGACAAGAAGGAUAAGAGUCCGGAAGUUGUGUCUAGUGAAAUGUGAAGAGAGCCAAGAAAUCACUAGCAAGCUUGCAUUUUAGAGGCGAGGACGGGCGUUAUUUACAAAAUUUCUGUGUGAAAGUGCUUUCUCACCAUAUCCGAACUUUCGAUUUGUUCGACCAUGGGGGAAUUAGUUUAUCCCCCCAUGGUUCGACGACGCGACGAUAGACGGAAUCACUCAUGUGAUGUCAUUACGCUCUACGUCCUACACAGUAAAAACAGCGUGGAGCAUUUAAACACAGAGCUCCACGCAAUGUUGUCCCGUUUUUAGUGACGCGUUUAAAAGCUAAACGUGUUUAAUGUGUUUAGGUAUUUGACGUGUUUAGCAUUAAAUGUGCUUAGGUAUUUGACAUCAUGAUGUCAAAUACCUAAACACGUCAAGAUUGUGUGGAGCUUUGUGUUUAAAUCCUCCACGCUGUGUUUACAGUGUACGGUCGCCGUGCAAUCGAAAGCUCCAUACUGAUACCUCAGGAACGGAACCCAGGACAUUGAGCAAUCAUCUUUAGUGGCGCAACGCCGGAGGAGCCCCCUCACCCCCACUGUGGCUUCAUGAGAUUGGAGUGGACGGUAUAUGUUUUAUUGACUUAAUUGAAUAUUGUGCUGUGUUAAUCUAUGUUGCAAGUGAAAUAAAGUUGGUUUGGUUUGGAUUUGA